AUGAAGAGAGUAAGGGAUGAGGCUCCUCCAAAGAAAACGGUUGAAUUUGAAGAAGCUAUUAGUUUUUUGAACAAGAUAAAGAAACGAUUCCAAAGUGAUGAGCAUGUUUACAAAUCGUUCUUGAACAUUUCCAAUAUGUACCGCAAAGAGCAUAAGGACAUAGGUGAAAUUUAUAGUGAGGUUGCUACCCUGUUUAAGGAUCAUCGAGAUUUGCUUGAGGAGUUCACUAGAUUCUUACCAGAUAGUUUCGCAGCACCUUCUACACAGCAUGCUCCGGAUGCUCGAAAUUCAUUGCAGCGCUUUAGUGAGCGGAGUUCUAUGGCACCCAUGAUGCGGCAAAUCAGGGAUUUGAACUUGCAGCGCUUUCAUGAGAAAAAGAAAUCUGUCAAGAAAGCUGAAGGUUUUGGGUUGGCUUCAGACUUUUCUUCUAAGGAAGACAAGGAUACCUUAAAGAACAUGUAUAGUCAAGCAUUCAGUUUCUUUGAGAAAGUUAAGGAGAAGUUGAACAGUGCUGAUGACUACCAAGCUUUCUUGAAGUGCCUUCAUAAUUUUUUCGUCAGUGAAAUAAUAAAAAGGAAUGAAUUGCAAAAUUUGGUAACCGAUUUACUUGGAAAGCAUCUUGAUCUUAUGGUGGAAUUCAAUGAUUUCCUGGAGUGUUUGGAAAAUAUUGAUGGGUUCCUUGCUGGUGUCAUGAGUAAAAAGUCACUAAGAUCAUCAAAGUUGGAGGACAAAGACAAAGACAAAGAGCAGAAGCGUGAGAUGGAUGGAGCUAAAGAGAAGGAAAGAUACAGGGAGAAGGAGUACAUGGGAAAAUCCAUUCAAGAACUUGACCUCAGUGACUGUAAACGUUGCACUCCCAGCUACCGGCUUCUACCUGCUGAUUAUCCAAUUCCUACAGCUAGUCAGAGAUCUGAGCUUGGUGCUCAAGUAUUGAAUGAUCACUGGGUAUCUGUGAGUUCAGGAAGUGAGGAUUACUCUUCCGAACAUAUGUGCAGGAAUCAGUACGAAGAGAGCUUGUUCAGAUGUGAAGAUGACAGAUUUGAGCUGGACAUGUUAUUAGAGUCUGUGAGUUCUGCAGCUAAACGUGCAGAGGAAUUAUAUAAUAACAUGAAUGAAAAUAAGAUCAAUAUGGAGACUCUGAACCGUAUUGAAGAUUACUUUACUGUUCAAAAUUUAAGGUGCAUUGAACGUCUAUAUGGUGACCAUGGUCUUGACGUUAUAGACAUAUUGCGUAAAAACCCAACUCGUGCGCUCCCUGUAAUAUUGACUCGACUGAAGCAGAAACAGGAGGAAUGGAGUCGGUGUCGUUCAGAUUUCAAUAAAGUUUGGGCUGAAAUUUAUUCUAAAAAUCACUUAAAGUGAAGCAGCAGAAAGAGGAUGAUAUUCUUCAGUCUACUAUUGCAGCUGGAAACAAAUUAGUUCGGUAUUCAUGUGAUAUGAGAGUAUGAAUGAGGCUGAUGGUAGAGUAACUGAGGUAAAGAAUGUUCACCGGACUAGUGUAGCAGCCAGUGAUAAAGAAAAUGGAUUAUUUUUUGGAAGCUUCACAAGCUUCCACAAGCAGCCAGUGAUUUUGGUUUUUCUGUUUAUGUUUACUCACUUCAAUUCUUUUUCAUUACUGGUUUAAUGAAUUUUAUUCAAGGUUAAAAUAAUAAUAAUUAAAAUUGGUUCUUUUUCACUUCAAUUCUUUUUCACUUCGGUAUACGGGGUUCUAUUAUUUUUGUCACUUCAACCUUUGAACCGGAAAGAACAAACUCAAAAAUUGAGUUUUUUGAUCUAUCUACAAAUGUUAUUAUUUGUUUGUUUUAUAAAUCAAUAUGUAAAAAGUUCGAGUAAUAAGGGACUCGAUUAUAUUUAAGUGAAGUCUUAAUUGUGAAAACGAAAAAACAGACAUUAAGAGAAUAUUGUUCCUUUGAGUAAGUUCACUCGACUCAACUCGAAAUAAUUGAAAUUCAAUGUAUUUUUUAAAUACUAAGAGUUUCUGGAAGAAAAAAAGUUGCGGGUUUUUUUCUACCAAUUGGGGCCCUCCCUUCACCACCCCUUUGUUUUAUAAAGAACAAUGGACUAUCAAGCCUCUCAGUUGGGGCGGUUAUAUUUA